GUCUCCCUCUUGCUCCCUUCCUUGUCCUUCAUGGCCUCAUCCUCUCCCUGGUCCUCCCAGGUGAGUGCCCACGCCUGCUGUCACCAUGAUGACCAUUCACCACAAGGAGAUGCUUCAGGAGCACGUGUCCAUGGAGUUCUCCAGUUCCACCACCGACAUGCAGACCUUCUCCCAGACAACCAAGAUCGUGGGAGAGGAAAUCGUGACGAGGAAGUCCUCCAGCACCACAGAGUUCUUCAGCUUGGUGACCCGGAGUUCCAACAUCCCUGCUGGCGAGAGCAUCCCGGAGUUCGUGGAUAAGCCUCAGCCGGUCACCGCGCCCGAGGGGGAUAAAGCCAUGUUCCGAGUCCGGGUGCAGGGGAACCCCAAACCCAACAUCUCCUGGAAGAGAGAGAGCGGCACCCCCAUCAAGGAGUCCGCCAAGAUAUUCUACGACAGCGUUAACAAGGAGCACGUGCUGAAGCUGGAGCCACUGACCUCGGAUGACUCUGACAACUACAAGUGCAUUGCAAGCAAUGACCAUGCAGACGCCAUCUACACCGUGUCCUUGCUUGUGACCGAGGGUGAAGAAAAAUUGGAUUUCAAAAAGAUGUUGAGGAAGAGGGGACCCCCUCCUCCCAAGAAGCAGCAGCAGAAGGUGACGGAUGAGAAAGAGAUGCUGGAGAUUUUGUCCCAGGUGCCCAAGAAGGACUUUGAGAAGACCUGCAUGGAGUAUGGUUUCACAGACUUCCGGGGACUGCUCAAGAAGCUCAAAGGGAUGAAGAAAGUGGAGGUAGAGACCAUCCAGAUUCUGAAGCCCCUGGAAGACAGAGAGACCAAGGUGGAUACCACGGUGGUCUUUGACUGUAUAAUGGAGCUGAAGGACCCCAAUGUCAAAAUGACAUGGAUCAAGGAUAAUGAGCCACUGAGGAUCCAGUACUCCCUGGGCAAGUAUGACGUGAAGCAGAUGGGCACCAAGUACAUGCUGGUCAUUACCAACGUGAACAUGAACGAUGCAGGCACCUACAGCCUGUCCGUGGACAACAAGAGGAUAAGUGCAAAGCUCACAGUGCUGGAUGAGCCUCUGAAGUUCUUGGGAGAGAUGAAGCCAAUGAAGGUGAUGGAGCGCCAGACAGCUGUAUUUGAGAUCCACCUCUCCAAGAAAGUGCCCAACUUUGUGUGGAAGUUCAAUGGAAAGGAGCUGAAGAGGGAUGAAAAGUAUGAAAUCACUGUGUCUGAGGAUGGUUUGACCCACACGCUUAAGAUUAAGGAUGCCAGACUCAGUGACAGUGGCGAGUUCUCUGCCGAGGUGGGGGACCUGGUUCAGAAGGCCCAGCUCACUAUUGACCGCAUCCCUAUAAAGUUUGUGAGCACCCUCAAGAACGUGCGUGUGAAAGAGAGGAGUUGUGCGUGCCUUGAGUGUGAGCUGACAUCCAAGAAUGUGACCCUGCGCUGGAAGAAGGACGGACAGCUGCUGGAGCGUAGCUCCAAAUACAGCAUGAACCAUGAGGGCAAGCGAGCGGAGCUGGUCAUCGAGGAUGCACAGCUCAGUGACAGUGGCGAGUACACUGUGGUGGCCAUGCAGGAUGGGGACCCCAUGGAAUACUGCAGUACUGCUGUAGUCACUGUGGAAGAGCGGCUGGCCACCGUGAAGAGCGGGAUGUCCGACGUGCACGCGGCCACCGGGAGCUCGGCUGAGCUGUGCGUAGUGCUGAACGACGAAAAGGUGGAUGGCGUGUGGCUGAAGGAUGCCGAGGAGAUCACGGACUUGACCGGCGCGCAGAUCGUGAAGCAGGGUGCAGUACACAAGCUCAUCUUCCCCAAUAUGGGGCCAGAGCACGAGGGCAAGUACACAUUCAGGGCCAAGGGUGCAGAGAGCGAAGCCUCGGUAUUUAUUGCAGAUCCUCCAACCAUCGACCCAUCGGUACUGGAGGCACUGGCCGCGCACCCGGUGACCGUGAAGGUGGGCCACACCGCGAACAUCAAAGUGCCCUUCCGGGCAAAGCCGCUGCCCAAAGUGACGUGGUACAAGGACGGCAUGGAGGUGACGGAGGAGGAACGCGUGUCGAUGGAGCGUGGGGAAGACCAGGCGCUGCUCACCAUUUCGAACUGCGCGCGGGAGGACAGUGGCAUCAUUAUGCUCAAGCUCAAGAAUGACCAUGGCUCCGCCACAGCCACGCUGCACCUCAGCGCGCUGGAGCCCCCUGGUCUUGCCUCCCAGCCCCAAGUGACUGACGUGACCAAAGAGGCUGUGACCAUCACAUGGAACGCCCCCACCCAAGAUGGGGGAGCCCCAGUGCUCGGCUACAUUGUGGAGCGGAGGAAGAAAGGCAGUAACCUGUGGGUGCCAGUCAACAAGGACCCCAUCCAGGGCACCAAGUACACUGUGGAUGGUCUCCUGGAGGACACAGAAUAUGAAUUCCGAGUUGUAGCUGUGAAUAAGGCAGGCCCCGGACAGCCUAGUAUGCCAUCCAGCUCAGUGGUAGCCAAGGACCCUGUCAAACCCCCGGGCCUGGUGCAGGGCCUGCAUGUGUCGGAUUCCUCCAACUCCAGCAUCUCCCUGGCCUGGCUGGAGCCUGCCGAGGGAGACCCACCCUCUGGCUACAUCCUUGAGAUGCGGGCUGAAGACACCAAGGAGUGGUCCAAGUGCACAAAGAUCCCCAUCUCGGGCACCUGCUACACAGUAGGAGGCCUCACCGAGAGGCAGAAAUACUUCUUCCGAAUCCGGGCUGUGAACGAGGCUGGGUGUGGGGAGCCUGUGGAGCUGGACGAGGGGGUCCGUGCCAUGCCACCACCAGGUGAGGGAUGCAGACAGGGCUGGAGUAUAGGCCCCAACAUCCUAGCUCCACACCUUCCUCUCUGGGACCUCAUCCCACAGGAGAAAACUGGGCAAUGCUGUGAUCAAGAAAGAGUCGUCCAUGCUUGUGCCUGGACAGAGCUAGGGAUAACCCCAGGGCCUUCCCUGCCAAAGACAAACAAACAAACAAAUAAAACAAAAACCAAAAACCCCACUCAUUGUGCGCCGAAGAGUAUCUACUGUGUGCCAAGGGAGGUGUUAGGGAUUUAGAAAAAAAUAAAACACAGGACCUGCCCUAAAGAGUCUUAUAUAAUAAUAGAGGGAGACAGAUGAGAAAAAAUAAAUAAAUGCUUCACAGCAUCACAGGGUUGCUAGAUGUCUGUAUGGCCUGUAGUGAGAGCAUGAGGAGAAGAGGUUGGGAAAAGCUUUGGAGGGGAGGCUUAAAGCUAAGUCUUCUGGAAAGAGUGUUCCAUGCUCCCAUCUCUGUCUCCUCCAUCUCAGCUGCUCCCAAGUUUGACCUCAGUGCCCGGCUGAAAAGUCAUAUGGUGGUUCGCGCUGGGACAGCCCUCUGUAUCCAUGCCGCCUUCUCUGUGAGUCCUACCCUGGCCCCCAGACGCCCACCACUUAACCAAAUUGGCUGCUGCAGCUAACAUAGUCUCUGCCUCUGCCUCUGCCCCUCGCCAGACCCCUGGCCUCAGAGCCUGGCAGGAGACUCCUGGACAGUGGGAUAGGGCCUGCCCCCAAAUACCACCCAGGUGACCCCUGGUGCCAUCUCCUGUCACCACCCAGGGCUCACCACCACCCAACGUGAUCUGGCUGAAGGACGGCGUGCCCACCAAGGGCAGGGAGGCCAUCACCAAGAGCAAAAACCACUCCCAGUUCCUCAUCAGCAGCACCAAGCGCUCCGACUCAGGGGUGUACCGCAUCUUGCUCCGGAAUGAGUUUGGAGAGGCGUACCAUGACAUCCACGUGCGUGUGGCAGGUAUGACAACAGGUAGAGGCCUGGGGAGGCAUCGCUGCACACGCUCCCUAGUGCUGCUUGAGUCCCUACCACUGUAAAGUCAUGCCUUAAGGUAGUCAAGUCUUCUUUGGCACCACAAAGCAAGACUUUAUCAGCCUUUGCCUUAAUGCGGAGGGUUGUUUUCACUUUUUCUCAGUGUCUUGAAGCCCCAGAGGCAUUGAACUAGGACCCAGCCCUUGUUUCAGUCUCAGUCAUAUGUGGAGAGCUUCGGGGCAUAUGCAGAGUAGGGUCUGUGCGCAUAGAGAGAGCAGAGAAUGGGUAAGAGGCAGGAGGGACAGAUGGAGAGGAAUCCAUUAAAACUUGGGGUAAUUUGCCUAUAUGUUAUUGGAAAUACUUUUAAAGUUUGUGAUGUGGUCACCAAGAAAGCCUUUUGGGGGGAGCUUCACAGUCCCACAGUGUCAUUGCCAUCCAGCUUCAUUAGAAUUCUUGAACCACAGCUGAAAUGAGCCUUCUGUUAUUUUUCAGUCCCCCCAGAUAUUUAGAAUUUUA